CUCAGCUCGACUAAAAAUGUCUGGCUACGUCAAGAUGUCCACAAGCCCAUAAGCUAGUUAACUAACGUUUUAGGAAUAUUUUUUCCCCCUCCUUCUCUUCGACUCCUGGAGAGGAUUUGAAGUCAUCAAAAUGGUCUGACUGGUACUUUUUAUUUGAAAGGAGAUGAAUGUAACCCGGUGGAUAUGUGGGACGUUGUAUGACAUCGUUUAGAAAAACCGUAGUUGCCAGUUCUGCUUGGUUUCUAAUAGCAGACAAGCUAGGCUGUGUUAGCUGGGUAGCUAGCGAGUUUGUAGCUACGCCUUCGAUGACACUUUUCACUGGAAAGACAAGAAAACAGUACACAUGGCCUAUAUGCUGCUGAAUAAUAAGUGAUCUGUGCACGAGGAAGUGCCAAGCCAGACUGCUGUAGAAACAGAGAGCGCGUGAGCGAGAUGGCGGUGCAGAACAGGAAUGCAGUGUUGGUCCUGUCGGGGCGAGAGCGUGGAGCUCGGAUUUUGGGAUCCCAGCGGCUCCUGCAGCAGCUUGUGGAGGACAGGACACGCUGGAUGAAACUACAGAGUCAGAAAGUGGAACUGCCUGAUAAUCCUCGCUCAACCUUCUUGCUGGCCUUCAGCCCAGACCGGAAUCUCAUGGCUUCCACUCAUGUCAACCAUAACAUUUACAUCACGGACGUGAAAACAGGGAAGUGCCUGCACUCUCUGGUGGGUCACCGCCGGACCCCGUGGUGUUUGACUUUCCAUCCAACAAUUCCAGGCUUGGUGGCCUCAGGGUGCCUUGAUGGAGAAGUGCGCAUCUGGGACCUACAUGGUGGUAGCGAGAGCUGGUUCACAGAAGGGAACAUCGCCAUCGCGUCCCUGGCCUUCCACCCCACAGCCCAGCUGCUGCUUAUUGCCACCAACAACGAGCUGCACUUCUGGGACUGGAGUCGGCCCGAGCCCUUCGCCGUAGUCAAGACCGGCAGCGAGACCGAGCGCGUCCGACUUGUAAGGUUUGAUCCUCUUGGACACAAUCUUCUGACCGCUAUCGUGAACCCAACCAACCAACAGAACGAUGAAGACUCUGAUGUUCCUAUGGACAGCAUGGAAAUGGCCCUGUUCCGCCAGCGUUCUGUGCUCCGUUCCCCUCCCGUUCGCCGCACUCCGAUUUUGCACAACUUCCUGCACAUCCUGUCGUCUCGCUCCUCCGGAGGAACGGAACCCCGCGAACCUCCUCCCAGCAUGCCUCUGUUUCAGUAUCCCGGGCGGACCGAGCUGGCAGAUCGGCCUCCUCCGCAGAGCUGCACUCAGCACCUGGGGCUCGGCUGCCUGUGCAGUCGUUGUGCUGCCACAUCCCGAAACGUUCCGAACCCGUCUUCUGUGCAGCCCACAGACUCCGCCCACUCUCACUCUCAUCCUCACACGCAGCCUCCCAACCAGUCACGGCCUUCGUCAGACAGGCCCUCUGCGUUUAGCAGCGUGCAUAGCGGCACUGCAGGGAGCGUGCUACACAGAGGCCUGUCGUCUCUCAGAACUAGCAUGGCUUUGGGUGGCACUCCAGACCCCUCAGCUCGGUUGCCAGCUGGCGAUUGGUCCAGUAGCUUGCUGGGCACCAGUUCCGGAGCUACACUGGGUGAGGCGGCAGUAGGCAUUAUGGGAAGGGGGAUCAUACCCCCUCCCAGGACCAGCUCCUCUUCCGUGGGUCUGCACUCCCUGCAUAGGUACCCUGACAGCUCUUCCUCCUCUUCUUCUUCACCCAUCUAUACGUCGGCCACCGAAGGCCGCGGUCUAGGACUGCCUGGUGCUGACCCCAGACACGGCAGAGCCAGCGACGGAACCAGUAGCGGCCAUCACCCCUUUUACGAUAACUCCCAACGGAACAACCCAGCUUCCAUCCGCAACGUCCUCCAGUGCAACCUGAGCCGCUAUUUCAUGGAAUACGAGCGCAUGCAGGAUCUGGAGCGAGCAGGUUCUAGCCGGGAAGCAGGUACACAGGGGCCUGUGCAGGACCUGCUAUCUAGCAACGUAGACUCUGAGAGAGCCGGGCCUUCGCAUCGGAACUCCGCUUACGCCGCGGACGGCACCGGCAGUCCCAACCUACACCACAACCACCCUAACCGCUGCCGCUCAUGCCACAACCUGCUCACCUUCAACCAUGACACCCAGCGUUGGGAGCGUUCAAGCCAAGCUUCUUCCGCAUCGGCUCAUGAUGGGCCACACUGGCAGAUGCCCGUGCCUGCUUUCGAGGUGCCUGUACAGAAUUCGAGAGAAGAAUCCCAUAGCACAGAAGAGGGGCAGCAGCCUAUGCAGGGCCAACAGCCAGUGGACCUGGUGUAUAAUCAGGACACAGGCCAGUGGGAGAGAGUGUAUCAGCAGGCCACAGCCAAUCCCUCCACUGAAGCAGCACAAGAAGCCUUAAACACGGAUGUGCCUGUGGACAAUACUGACGAGGACUCGCUCAGAAGGAGGCUUUUGGAGUCCUCGCUCUUUCCUUUCUCCCGGUACGACAUAUCCGGUUCCCGUGAUCAUCCUAUCUACCCAGAUCCUGCCAGGUUGUCUCCAGCAGCAUACUAUGCCCAGAGGAUGAUUCAGUAUCUGUCUAGGAGAGAAAGUAUUCGUCAGCGCUCCUUACAGAACCGCCUGCGCACCUUAUCCACGUCCUCCGACAACCAGGCGGGCAAUCCCUCCUCCGCACCAGCAGAGGGCAGUGAUGCCGACUACGAGGACGUAGAGGAGCCUGGAGAUCGGACAAGACACAGAAUGCCACGCAAUGCACGAAUGUCUGCACCCUCCCUCGGUCGUUUUGUGCCACGAAGGUUCCUGUUGCCUGAAUAUCUUCCUUACGCCGGUAUUUUCCAUGAGAGGGGUCAGUCGGGUCUGGCAACCCACUCCUCGAUUAACAGAGUAUUAGCAGGAGCUUCGAUUGGUGAUGGCCAGUCUGCGGUAGCCAGUAACAUCGCCAACACCACCUACAGACUGCAGUGGUGGGAUUUCACCAAGUUCGACCUGCCUGAGAUCAGCAACGCGUCUGUGAACGUGCUGGUUCCACACUGUAAGAUCUAUAACGAUGCCAGCUGCGAUAUAUCAGCAGAUGGGCAGCUCCUGGCUGUUUUUAUACCCAGCAGCCAGCGGGGCUUUCCGGAUGAGGGCAUCCUCGCUGUCUACUCUCUUGCGCCUCACAACUUGGGGGAGAUGCUCUACACCAAGCGAUUCGGUCCCAAUGCUAUCUCUGUGAGCCUGUCUCCAAUGGGUUGCUACGUGAUGGUAGGCCUGGCCUCGCGCAGGAUCCUGCUCCAUCCUACCACUGACCACAUGGUGGCACAGGUGUUCCGUCUGCAGCAGCCGCACGGAGGAGAAACUUCCAUCAGGAUGGUGUAUAACGUGGUGUACCCCAUGGCUCCAGACCAGCGUCGACACGUGAGCAUUAACUCGGCACGCUGGCUGCCUGAACCUGGCAUGGGUCUGGCCUACGGGACCAGCAAAGGAGACCUGGUCAUUUGCAGACCUGUCGAUUACCGUAACGAGGGAGACAGCGGCACUGAUCCGAGCUCGGAUCCUCUAUUCACCGCCAGCAGUAGCAGUCGGACACGCGGAGUGGAACGGACAAGCAGGUCUGGCUGGCGAUUGGACAGAGACAUGGGACUGAUGAGUGCUAUUGGCCUGCAACCCCGUCAGCCCGCCCCCUCGGUGACCUCCCAGGGCACGCAGACUCCUGUGGUGCAUCUACAGAAUGCUGAGACACAGACGGAGAGAGAGCUGCCCUCGACGAGCGCGCUGCAGACCGUACACACACCGCGACAACUGGCAGAAACUAGUGAAGUGCAGACUGCCAGUACAGAGACACUCCCACACAGUGAGCCACCAGACACAGUGGCUCAUGGAGCUGCUUCCCAAGAUCCCAGUACCCACACUGACUCACUCAACACCAACCACGGCGAGUCCCAGUCGGAUCCCGGCCCAGGUGAAGACGCGCUUUCCCGGAUCCGGCGUCUGAUGGCUGAAGGUGGGAUGACCGCGGUGGUCCAGAGAGAGCGCAGCACCACUAUGGCCUCUAUGGGAGGCUUCGGAAACAACAUCGUGGUGAGCCACCGCAUUCACCGCGGCUCUCAGACACCAGCAGGAGCAGCGCAGACGAGUAACCCAGCACCUUCAGGGGAAAACACAAGACCAAACACGCUCCCGUCUGACACUUCAGACAAUCCUGGUCCUUCUGAGUCUCGUGGUGGCACUACUGUAUCUGAAAUCCCCUCUAGGUCUGCUCUUCCCUCUUCAGGUCCUAGUGCGGCAGUGUUAGAGGCCCCGGACACGGUGGAGGACGGUCAGGACGAAGAACCCGAUCCGUCCUCUAGGAGAGGGUACUUAGCCAACAUCAGUAACAACAACAGCAACAACAAUGACAGUAGCGGCAGAAAUUACCCCGAUGACCUGUACGGCAGAUAGUGCUUCCUCCCGCUGUCCUACAUGUACUUCGGUGGAUUUGGCAAGAUGUGAAAGGUUUUCUGUCCGAACCUGACAGAACGAACCCCUGAGGUGGACCUGUGUGCCUGUGUUUUGCCUCCUUCUGCUUUGGCCUUAUGUGCAGAAGUAAGAGUGCCAAAUUUCCACUCCGUCUCUCUCUCUCUCUCUCUCUCUCUCUCUCUUUCUUUCUUUCUUUCUCUCUCUCUCUCUCUCUCUCUCUCUCUCUCUCUCUCUCUCUCUCUCUCUUCGGAGGAGACAUCAGCCUCUCUGCAAAUAUUUCGCGGGGAACAUCUUGACGGAAAGCCAUCGUCGUUGCACUUGGUCCUUGCACUUCAGUUGUAGUUUUGCUUCCUUCGAAACGUGUCUCAGACUUUUGAGCAUUCCAUCGCCAGAAAGGGCUUCUACUCGAGUCGUUCUCGUACUGGGGUACGGAAAUGAUGCGGUUCAGUUUACCGCUCCUUCAAGGAGCUGCCGUCGUCGGCUGCAGAAAACACGCUGGGACGACCGGGCCCGUGGGACGACGCAUUCAUUUCACCUGAUUUCAGUUUACUCUCAGAAAUUGGAGAAACUUUGAAAGGGACACUGCUGUCUAGGAAUCCUGCAAUAAGGAUUCAGAUCACUGUUUUGUUUGUUCACUGUUUUUGUUUCGUUUGCAGAAGAGAAUUAUAAGCGCAGCAGUAUAAUCCACCCAAAUGCUCCACCACACUUUCAACUAAUAUGUAAGAAAGGUGAGCAUAAAUUGGAAAAAAAAAAAAAACCAACCAACACUUUUUUUUAUUAUUAUUUUAAUUUAUAAUUAUUAUUUUUUAUUUUUUUUGAGUUUUAUGAAGUUUAUCGUUGAAGUUUUAUGAUGAAAGUCUCCAUAUUGGCGAAUGCAUUUUAUUUGUAUUUCGGUUAAAAAACGCGUCGAAGUUCAUCAUCGGUCAAGCCGAGUCAUCAGAAAUUUCCCUUUAAAAGCCAUCAAAGAGGGCCAAAAAAAAAACAACAACAAAGCGAAUGCCACGUCGGUAUUCUGUAUCCGCAUCGGUUUUGGAGGUUUACUGAGUCGAGUUCAUUUCAGUCGGGCUCUGUUCCCCUGAAACAUGCUGCUUGUGCUCACCUGUGUUCAGCCUAGGAUGCUAACGGUUUGUUUUGAUGCCACCAGUCACAGCAUGCCUGUGCCACCUACAGUUAGUAGGCAGCUAGUGUCUGAUUGCACUAAACACCCUGGUUUCUCUCCAGACUUUCUAUGUGGGGGGUGACCGUCAGGACAUAUCUCCCAAAACAAGCCUGGGUAAAGAAUUAUACUUGAAUUACAUAUAGUAGAAUAUCUCUAAGGAGCUGGCCAGUUGUUGUUGUUGUUGGGGCGGGAACGACCCUGAACCAGCAAAUUGAACUUGCAUUGAAACACAUACGUUGCUUAAUCACUGAACAGAGAGGGCAUGUGCUUUGCUUGCGCGUGCGUGUGUGUACUACUGUGCAUGAGGUUGUAUCACAGGUAAGUGUAGCAUUUCCAAUCAAGAAAAUGACUUGAAAGCUAACUGUGCUUGUUUUUAGGUAGAUACGUCCCUGCGCUCCUGAAGCUCCGAGUACUUCCUAGUCACCUCUCUGCCCUGCGCAGGUGUCCGAGCUCGACCCCUUGCGGGUGUAACAAAAGAAGCGUCGAGGUAGGCUUCUCCCAGGUUCUCAGUGCUUGAAGCUCAAAUCACGAAGCACAGAACAUCCCAGUUUGUUUUUAUUUGGUGACUAAAUGGGUUUUUAACAGUUCAGGUCAGUUUGUGCCCCCGAAUAUUAACCCCCCCCCCCCCUUAGCUGUCUAAUAUUUAUCCCUAGUUUUGGACAACAGUCGUCGUAACAACUGCUGAAGCACCCCGCCUUCUCGUUUCUCUACCACGUCUUGAUAUUCGAGACUCGGUCAGUGUUGGACUGCUUUUCAUAUAGAACUAGUGAGCGAGCGAGCAAGCGAGAAGAGCGAACGCUCGACAAAAUAAUAGACGCACGUCUUUAUCUGUUUCAUGCUUGGAGUGGUUUUUGAUUGCUAUUGUUUAAAAUAUUAACAAAAAUCUCACCUCUGGUGCUGUUUUUUUUUUAAUUAUUAUUAUUAUUAUUAUUAUUAUUAUUAUACACUUUAUAUGGUUAGCCCUGUUUAAUCAUUGAAGACACUGAUUGAAAUAUAAUGUAUUUUUGUGUCCCCCAAAACACUGUUACUGAAAUAAGAGUUUAAAUAGGGCAAUUUGUGGAAAAAAGUGGCAUAGCUGUAAUAAGGGAGAUAAUGACAUCUGCUUUUAUUUGAUGUCGCUGUAUACUGUAUAACUGUUGGUCUGAUAAAUCUGCCCAUAGAUGUCAAAUCUGUUUGUAGGGUUUGUUUGUUUUUGUUUUUUUUUUGCUGUUUUUUAUUUUUAUUUUUAUUUUAUUUUUUAUAAAGCUUUCCCCAAUGUAUUUUUGCCCACAUCAGACAAUGCAGUACACAUUUCAGAAACACGCAUCUCUCUCUCUCUCUCUCUCUCUCUCUCUCUCUCUCUCUCUCUCUCUCUCUCUCUCUCUCUUUCUUUCUCUCUCUCUUGUAUUUAUUAGCAUUUUAGGUUGUCUUAAGAUGCUUUAGUCAGCUGAAGCAUACAAUACUAAAGAAGAAACCAGCGAUGCAAAACCUGGUGUAAGGUGACAGACAGACAGACAGACAGACAUUAGCGACUCUGUGCCAGUUUUGGUGAUCUCACUGCUGGGUCAGUGCUGAAGCAAUCAAAGGUAUGGGAAAAGCAGGAUGUAAGAGUCCUCUUAUCUGCUUAUGUGAGAAGCAUCUUUUAUCCAGUACAGAAGUGUGAAGUGAAGUCUUUAGCUAAAAUAGGGGUUAGGUGUUUGUUGAACAAAGUGCUGUUGGACACCAAAGAUCCAGUGUUACGGUGGUUAAAAAAGGUUUAAUAAAAUGGGAUUAUUGAAAAAUGUGAA